AUGGACAGAAUGACAGAAGAUGCUCUGCGCCUGAACCUUUUGAAACGGAGCUUGGACCAAGCAGAUGAUCGGGAUGAUGUCCUGGCAAAGAGAUUGAAAAUGGAAGGACAUGAGGCAAUGGAGCGCCUGAAGAUGCUGGCACUGCUGAAGAGGAAAGACCUCUCGGGCAUCGAGGUGCCCCAUGAGCUCCCGGUGAAACAGGAUGGUGUGAAAGUCUAUGAAGAAAAGCUGAAUGGGAGCCUUAGGCCCCAUGGGGAUGGCAGGACUGCAGGGAGGCCAGGGAAGGAAAACAUUAACGAUGAGCCGGUGGAUAUGAGUGCGAGGAGAAGUGACCAGGACAGGGGACGAUUAACCCCUUCGCCAGAUAUAAUUGUCCUCUCCGAUAAUGAGGCAUCCAGUCCCCGUUCCAGCUCUCGUAUGGAGGAAAGACUUAAGGCAGCAAAUCUUGAAAUGUUUAAGGGUAAAAGCAUAGAGGAGCGACAGCAGCUGAUCAAGCAGCUUCGGGAUGAGCUACGGCUGGGGGAGGCCAGAGUUGGCCUGCUGCAGAACAUGGCCCUGCUGAAGAAACUGAGGCAAAGUCAGCUGCAAAAGGAGAACGUGGUACAGAAGACUCCAGUUGUCCAGAAUGCGGCGUCUAUUGUCCAGCCAUCUCCUGCUCACGUGGGACAGCAGGGACUGUCCAAGCUUCCCUCCAGGCCUGGAGCUCAGGGGGUUGAGCCUCAGAACUUAAGGACAUUACAGGGUCACAGUGUCAUUAGGUCUGCCACAAAUACGACUCUGCCCCAUAUGCUUAUGUCGCAGCGUGUGAUUGCUCCGAACCCUGCCCAGUUACAAGGGCAGCGGGUUCCUCCUAAACCUGGCCUCAUCCGCACUACAACUCCAAGCAUGAAUCCAGCCAUCAACUACCAGCCGCAAUCAAGUUCUUCUGUUCCUUGCCAGCGUACGUCGUCUUCAGCCAUCUAUAUGAACCUUGCCUCUCACAUCCAGCCUGGCACUGUGAACAGGGUGUCGUCUCCGCUCCCCAGCCCCAGUGCUCUGAACGACGCCGCCAACUCCCAGGCAGCCGCCAAGCUUGCCCUGCGCAAGCAGCUGGAAAAGACGCUGCUGGAGAUCCCACCCCCAAAGCCACCCGCUCCCCUGCUGCAUUUCUUGCCCAGCGCAGCCAACAGCGAGUUCAUCUACAUGGUGGGGCUGGAGGAGGUGGUGCAGAGCGUUAUCGACAGUCAAGGGAAAAGCUGCGCAUCCCUCCUGCGUGUGGAGCCCUUUGUCUGUGCCCAGUGCCGCACCGACUUCACCCCUCACUGGAAGCAGGAGAAAAACGGGAAGAUCCUGUGCGAGCAGUGCAUGACUUCCAAUCAGAAGAAGGCGCUGAAGGCAGAGCACACCAACCGACUGAAGAACGCCUUCGUGAAAGCUUUGCAGCAGGAGCAGGAGAUCGAGCAGAGGCUACAGCAGCAGGCAGCCUUGUCCCCCACCGCAGCUCCUGCCGUCUCCAGCGUCAGCAAACAGGAGAACAUCAUGCGGCACCACACGCUCCGGCAGGCUCCGCAGCCCCAGAGCACUUUGCAGCGUGGCAUCCCCACCUCUGCCCGCUCCAUGCUUUCCAACUUUGCGCAGGCGCCCCAGCUGUCGGUGGCGGGCGGUCUCCUCGGCAUGCCAGGUGUUAACAUCGCUUACCUGAAUGCUGGGAUCGGAGGCCACAAAGCGUCGAGUUUGGCGGACCGGCAGCGGGAAUACCUUUUGGAUAUGAUCCCACCCCGCUCUAUAUCGCAGUCCAUCAGCGGACAGAAAUAA